AUGAAGGAUGGUGCAGCAGCAUUUGUUCAGAAAUUUCACGAAUGUCAAACUCACGGGAAUCUCAUCCACACGACUUGUACUCCCCUUCAUUCAGUAAGUAGUCCGUGGCCUUUCUAUAGAUGGGGACUUGAUAUUAUCGGGAACAUUAAUCCAGCAUCGUCAAAGCAGCACGAGUAUAUCAUAACCGCGUCGGAGUACUUUACCAAAUGGGUUGAAGCUAUUCCUCUCCGAGGAACCACUGGAGCGACUAUUGCGGCAUUCAUUAAAGAAUACAUCAUUUGUCGGUUCGGCGUACCUAAGCACAUCAUUACUGAUAAUGGUACUCCCUUUUCCAACAAGCAAGUACAAGAGCUGCUUGAAGAAUAUGGAAUUAGGAAAGUAUUCUAUACUCCUUACUACCCUCAUGGGAAUGGACAAUCCGAAAGCACCUAUAAGACUUUGAUUCGAGUUCUCAGUCGAACGAUGCAUGAUAACCUCAGGACGUGGCACUUAUUUUCCUAUGGCGCUGUGGGCAUAUCGGGCGGCACCUAG